AAACAAACACUGACAGAAAAUCUGGAGCAAACAGCAGCGCGUAAAGCAAUCCGUUCUUUAGAGUGUCAUGUGAGGCUCAUUAGCUUUGAUUCGACUGAUUGGCGGCCCGUGUCGUCUGUCGGAUGGCUUUGCUGGUGUUUUUCUCGUGUGUUUGUCGCUGAUCUGAGAGCGACUCCAUGGAGGUCCGUGAUCCGGUCCUGGAGCUGAAGGACGUCCCUCCUCCUCCUCCUCCUCCUCCUCUUCUUCCUCUUCCUCGCCUCCACAGCACCGGUUCUCCGCCGUGUCUUGGGCCGGGCCGCCUCAGUGUAAGCGUGUGUUCCCGCUGUGAGGCCAGCAUCCACCUGCAGCAGGGUUGUGGUGAAGCGGGUGGAGGCUUUCCUCUGUGUCUCUCUCAGACAAACACCCUUCCUCACGCCGGGUCUGUGGGAGCGCCCUGCUGUGGGGGUCUGAGGCAGCAGCACACCUGUGCCCCGCCGGGCGUCUGUCUGUGCCACAGAGCGCCCUCUCUCUCUCACGGUGACCCGUCCUCACCCUCUCACCUCUGCUCUCUGCACCUGAGUGUGGGCCGCGCACCGCAGUGUGUGAAGGGCGUUCACUGUUUGCAGGACUGCUGGAGAAAGAGUUUACAUGUUGACUCGGAGAAGGUCUGGCCGAACAUCCCUCCACCUGUCCCUGUGUGCAACGGCUGUGGUGUGACGGGCGCAUCGUCUGACGGUCUGCUGGGGGUCCAUUUCGGCAAAACCACACAGAAAUACGGUCCGUACACACACAAAACACACGUUUUGACUCUUGAGGUUGUGCCUGUGGUGUGUGUUUGGAGUGUGUCUCUCUGUGUCGCAGGUCCUCUGGAGACCGAAACACUGCCACCCAUCGGGGUGUUCUGGGACAUCGAGAACUGUGCGGUUCCCAGCGGACGCUCGGCGGCGACCGUAGUGCAGAGACUCCGAGAGCGCUUCUUCCAGGGACACCGCGAGGCCGAGUUCAUCUGUGUGUGUGACAUCAACAAGGAGAACAAGGCCGUCAUCCAGGAGCUCAACAACUGCCAGGUGACCGUCGCACACAUUAAUGCCACCGCCAAGAAUGCAGCAGAUGACAAACUGCGUCAGAGCCUCCGGCGAUUCGCAGAGACCCACGCCGCUCCCGCCACAGUCAUCGUUGUCUCAUCGGACGUGAACUUCGCCAGUGAGCUGAGUGACCUGCGGCAUCGACACGGGUUCCAGGUGAUUCUGGUCCACAAGAGCCAGGCCUCGUCUGCCCUGCUGCAGCAUGCACACCUGCGCGCCGCUUUCGAGGAGUUCGUCUCAGACCUUCCUCCCGGGAUGAUCGUCAAAUCUCAGCCCAGUUUCAGCCUUCUGUUUGUGCACCGCCUCCCCACGCACCGCGACACCAAAGCAGUGGCCAACCGGCUGCAGCGGCUCUCCAAUAACUGUGGAGGGAAGGUGUUGGGUGUGUCGGGCAGCUGCGCCGUGCUCCGGUUCGCCAGCACUGAUGCAGCCGAGCGCGCCCGCAAGCGCAUGGAGAACGAAGACGUCCUGGGCCACCGAAUCGUGCUGUCCUUCUCUCCCGACGGCCCGGAGGAGGAAGAGGAGCGCCGGCCUCCUGCCGCCUCCUCCUCUUCGGUCUUCCUGCCCGUGGAGAAGCCGCACUCGCCCCGUCGCCUGCGGCGGGCAUCUCGCUCAUGCCAGGGCGGAAGCCACGCCCCCGAGCGCCCGUAUAGUCCCAGGAGAGCAGGCCACGCCUCCUCAUGCAGCCCUGUGAUGAAACCCCUCCCCCAGGCUGUGAGUGCUGUGACCCGUCCUGCGACUGCCUCUCCCCAGAGUCUCCCGGUCCUGUGUGCAGCCGUUAAACCGGCAGAGCCGCCGCAGCGCAGCCGCAGGCGGGACUCUCCUGGCCAGAUGUUUCAGGUCAGCACUCCUUCAGCAUUCAGUAAACUAAGUUUGCAGCGGAACUUCAGUCCCAUGAUGCUCUCUCAGAGCUCAUGGUCAUCACGGAGCGCGUCCCCGUGCCUGUCGAACCGAUCGUCUCCGCUGACCGCUCCGUCCCCCAGCAUCUGCACCGAUGGCCUGGCCGAGCCCUUCUCUGAUGGAGUGGACGUUCAGGUCACUAAUCUGGACUACAGGAUGUCACGCAAGGACCUGCAGCAAAUACUACGAGACGUGUUUGCUAAACAUGGCAGAGUGAAGAGUGUGGAUCUGAGUCCUCACACUGACUAUCAGCUGAAGGCACGGGUUCACAUGAGUUCGCUCCAGCAGGCCAUCGGCGCCGUCAGUCUGCUGCAUCGCUAUAAAAUCGGUAGCAAGAGGAUUCAUGUGUCUCUCGUCACCGGAGCCAGUAACAAAUCUCUCACCUGCCUCAGCUCAGAGAUCAUCAACAUCCUGCAGGACGCUCCGGCCAACUGCCUGCCUCUCUACAAGUUCACAGAGACGUACGAGAGGAAGUUCGGUCGUAAGCUGGUGGUCAGUGAUCUGUACCGGCUGCCGGAGGUGGUGUGUGUGCGUGAGCAGGGCGGCGGGCGGCUGGUGUGUCUGCUGUCCAGCACUCAGGCCCGUCAGAGCCCGCUAGGAUCCGCACACUCUCACAACAGCUCCAGCACCGCCAGUCCAGUUCUGUUCGAGGAGCUGGAGUACCACGAGCCCGUCUGCAGACAACACUGCACUCAGCAGGACUUCAGUGAAUCUGAUUUUGAUCCGGAUUCUUACGUGAUCCCGUUUGUGCUGGUGUCUCUAAAAGUUCUGGCUGCUCAUGUCCACAGUUUACUGCAGAGUCACGAGGGAACGGUGCCGCUGCUCAGUUUCCCAGAGUGCUAUGCAGCAGAGUUCAGUCCUUUACCCGUAGCAGAGGAGGGGAAGCUGGAGGGAAGCGUCCCGUUAGAGCACCUCAUCACCUGCAUCCCUGGAGUCACUAUCGUAACGGCCCAGAACGGCUUCAAGAUCAUCAAGUGGAUUCACAACAAACCCCCGCCACCAAACGCAGAUCCGUGGCUGCAGCGCAGUAAGAGUCCGGUCGGGAACCCACAGCUGAUCCAGUUCAGCCGAGAGAUGGUGGAUCUGAUGAAGAACCAGCCGUCCUGUCUGGUGCCCAUCACAAAGUUCAUUCCAGCGUAUCACCACCAUUUUGCCAAGCAGUGCCGUGUGUCCGACUACGGGUACUCCAAACUGCUGGAGCUGCUGGAGGCCGUUCCUCACGUGCUGCAGAUCCUGGGUUUAGGCUCCAAGCGUUUGUUGACAUUGACCCAUCGUGCUCAAAUCAAACGCUUCACUCAAGACCUGCUGAAGCUGCUGAAGUUUCAGGCCAGUAAACAGGUGGUGAUCAGGGACUUCACGCAGGCGUAUCACUGGUGUUUCUCCAGGAACUGGCAGGUGGUGGAUUAUGGGAUGUGUGAUCUGAUGGACCUGCUGGCUGAGAUUCCAGACACAACGAUCACGGUCUCUCAGCAGAAUGCUGACACGCUCAUCUCUGUUCCUAAGAGAGAGCGGACGGUGGAGGAGCUGGAGCGCACACGGCAGUUUGGCAAGGAGGUGGUAGAUCUUCUGAGACAUCAGCCGCACUUCCGGAUGCCCUUCAGCAAAUUCAUCCCCACGUAUCACCACCACUUCGGACGCCAGUGCAAGCUCUCCUACUACGGCUUCACCAAACUCAUGGAGCUGUUUGAGGCCAUUCCAGACAUUCUUCUGGUGCUGGAGUGUGGAGAGGAGCGGCUGCUGGCGCUGACGGAGGUGGAGCGCGUCAAAGCUUUAGUGGCUCAGCUGGUGAAGCUGCUUCGGGCCCAGAGAGACUCGUCACUUCCUGUCAGUCAGCUGCUGAGUGAAUACAGCAAGACGUUUGGCUACAGCCUCCGCCUGCAGGACUACGACGCCGCCACGCUGCCCGCCCUGCUCAACAAGCUCUGCCACGUGGUGAAGGUGGUGGACACUCCCGAAGGGAAAGAGGUGCAGCUGAUUAACAGGAAGUCCCUGCGUGCCUUGACGUCUCAGCUGCUGGCCCUGAUGAUGUCACUUCCUGAGGAUCAUGAUCAUCUCGGAGUGGAGGAGCUGAGGAAGCAGUACGAGCUCAGCUAUGGAGCACCGCUCAACUCUUGCGAGUACGGCUUCAUCUCUCUGAACGAGCUGCUGAAGAGUCUGCCGUACCUGCUGCAGCUCUCUGAAGGCGAGCAUGAUGACGGUGACGCAGAGGAGCGUGUGAGGCUGACCAAACUCUACCAGUUUGCCCGCAGCAUCCGUGCGCUGCUUCACACGUAUCAUUAUAACCAGAUCUUCCUGUCGGAGUUCUGCGGUGCCUUCAGCAAAUACACCGGCCAAGAGUUUCAGCCGCAGACGUACGGCUAUAAGACGCUGGAGGAUCUGCUGGCUGCUAUACCGCAGGUGGUCUGGAUUAAAGGUCACGGUCACAAAAAGAUCAUCGUCCUGAAGAACGACAUGAGAGCUCGUGCCAGUCCUGCGGUCACUGCAGACGAGCCGUGUCCUGAUGAAGAGCCCCGGUCAGCCGAAAGCCCCGCCAGCGGUGAGAUGGAGCUGCUGUGUCUGGGUUCUCCUGUGGAUCUGCUGUGUGCUCCGGUUCCCUCCUGUCUCCCGUCUCCUCAGCUUCGGCCCGACCCGGUGCAGCUGCAGCCCGGGGAUCUGAUCCGCUUCGAGCCUCAUCCGCACGCUCCGUCUGAACCAGAGCCGGUUCACGAUCAGCAGCCUCAGUCGGCCAACGGUCCUCUCAUGACUUCAGCUGCUGGUCAUGGAGUGAGCAGGAAAACCUGCGUUACAGACAGCCCUGGCCGGCGAACGGCACGCAACAAGGUUAAACUAGCAGCUAAUUUCUCCUUCACAUCCGCCCUGUCUGUCUGAAGCGGAGCACGUCACGUGAGGAGGAAUAUUUGUGCAGCGUGACGUGUUAUUCUGUGAGGCUAGCACAUGUUCUGCGUGGUGAAUAUCAUGACUGUUCAGUGUUCAAAGUUUGAUUUGUCUGGACUGCAGCAGACCUCAUGUUCGUUUGGUGUUUCUCUCAAGCCAAGCCACUGUUCCUCCACGCGGGAUGUUCUUUUCUUUACUGCAGUCGUUCGGUCGAGGCCUGAAUCGUGCGGACCGCAGCUGAUUGCUGGACAUCACUCUGAGCUGCUGUGAAUUCUCCAAACCUUCAUUACGGUGAAUCUUUCCUCCUGCUGAGAUGUGCUGUCGUGCCUUUGUUUGAGAUGUUAUUUGUGUUGUUUGAAGCACAUGGGCUUCCUCUGAUGAAAUGGAAGAAUGAGUUUUCUGGAAUUCACUUUAUUCUUUUCGAUCCGAGAUCUCAAACACUCACAGAUGCUUUUGUGUUAAGUCUCUUUCAGAGCCAGAGCCUGUUAUCAAAGGGCCUUCCUCCCUUUUAACUGAUAGAUUAGUCAAAGCCGCCCGUCUCAAAUUGCUUAAGUUCAUACUGUGAAUGAAGUCUGUGUUUAUUGAAACUCUUACGGAAGUGUUUAGUUUAAGAUCGUCUCAGCUCAUCUCGAAGGAGAUUCACAAUCGUCUCACCGUUUCGCUGGCGUCUGCGUGAAGAAGUUCAUCAGGCCGAAGAGAAACACCCUAAUAUUCUGCAGACCGAGGCAGUUUGUUUUACGGAUGUUUUUUUUGUGGUCCGGAAGUUGCUUUGCUAGUUCUAUGCACAUGGUGCAUAAACCCUUGUUUCUAAGCAGUCCUUUGAGUAGCUGCAGGCUUUUACUGCAUUUCUUCUUUUAUGUAUUUUGGCAAAAUGAUGCUAAUUCAGUGUAACUGUUCCUCUGGAAAUGCCAAGGUUGUUUACUUGAACCUUGAGUUCGUGUGUUCGGUUGCGGUUUGCUCUCCACGGUGGCUCUUCGAUGGCUUUUACAAUGGUUUGUAUCAGCUUUGAGACGCCGGCGCAGGACUCCGCUUCUGCUAACGGCUUUGGGUCACAGUGGGUGGAUUGUGUGCAUGUGCUCUGUUUAGGGUCGUUUUUGGCUCGUAGCAACACGAGGAGCUCAGAGUCCUGUGUCUGAACGCUCACCUGUGCCGUACCACGGCUGUCGAACGCAUUCAUUUGUUUCUUUUAAGGGUGGCUCUCUUUGGUCAAUGUUUUUGGAAACCUUUAAAAAUGCUACCAGCGGAAACUCUUGAGCUGAAGUACAUAUCUCAGUGAUUUUAUGCAUGUUUGCAUAACUUUGGCCUCAUGUUGUUUAUGGAUAUAUUUGAUUUAGACAGAGCAUUUAUUGGCCAGCAGAAAUCUGACAUGUUGUACAUGUGUCUCAUCUUUAGCGUCUCUGUUCGUCGUGUGUGUGUGUGUGUGUUCACUCUCACGUCUGUCAGACAACCACAAUGAACCAAGAAGCCUCUCAGAUUGUGACAUUCACUGAACUUAAUGAGCUUCAUGUGAAAUAACGUGGACGUUCAGCCUCAAGACACUGGAGGUCUUGUAUGAUUUUAGUCUCCACCAGAAAGUCCUGUUAGAAAGUUUUUUUUUUUUUUUUUUUUAUUUCUAUGUAAUGACCAAAUUUCUGUCAUGUAUAAUAAAUAUCACAAGCAUCA